GACCAUAAAAUGUACUCACGUAAACAAGAAUAAUGGUAGCCUUACUAUUCUGCAACCAUUUUUUCUCGUCACCAGAGUGGUCAAAUAUAUGUCGUUAACGAAAGUAAAUGCCACCACUUUCCAAAACUGAUAGCCUAAAGCUUGUGUUUUGACGACCGUUUCUCUAUGGUCUCCGACCACACUUUUGGCAACCACUCUAGUGGUCGUCGAAUUGUCACAUAUUACGACAAAUUCAUUUUGGUCGCCAAAAGUGUUGUCCACCACCCUCGAAGCUCAACCUUACCUCAAGGUCAAAGUCAAAGAACAAGUGAUGCAAAUCCUCCACAGGUUCCCAAGUGGCCACUGUAUGAGACACUACUCUACUACCCGUCCCGCGACACCGCCGACACGUACGCGACCAUCGAUGAUCAACCACGCGCACAGGAUGCAACUUGAUAUGGGGUUUUCUUUUUAUCAUUGAUCAGGUCAAGCAACUGGGUUGCCGGUUGCGUGCUGGCUGUUGAAUCCUAGUCAACUCGAUUGAACCAUUGACACAUUUUUAUUAACGAUGUGUAAAAUCUAAUGACUAAAGAUCGAGUUUGUGGACGGAAUAAUAAUUUAUCUCGAGUACCAAAUAAUGCAUUUAUGCUAUAUGAUCGAUUUAUUCCAUGCAAAUCAAUGUCAAUAGUUAGCACGUUUCAAUAACUACCCCAUUUUAGGCCAAGUUUAACCUAAAAUGGCGUUGUCAUAUAGUGGCAAUCAAGGUCGUAGUCACUUGGGUCUCGAUACCCUAGCCUACUUCAAUUCCCACGUUGUUGUUCUCUAUCCAAUUGGUUUAAGAGGUUUUGAUGGAGGAUUCAAGCGAAAUAACUAGUAGAAAGAACAAAUAAGGAUAAAAGCAGGUAUUUCGGGGAACUAUCCCUCACCCUAGCCUAGGUCUACUAUGCAAUGGAUUUAGAGAAUGUGGUGAGUAACCUCUUUUUCGUGGACUUUCGUGGUUAUCCACACGCCUCCGGGUAUGCCUUCCCUAAACUCAUGUUAGUCACCUCGAUCUAGACUAUCGUAACUGGGGCAUUAAGAUCAUAGCUCAUUUCAAUGGGUACGUAUUACCCCCAUCCACACCAAGAUUUCAUCCGGAGUUCUAUCUAGGAAGACAUUCCUAUGAUGCAUGCGUGAUAGUAGGGUUUCUACAAACUAGGAAAGAUAAAGCUAAUUUUGGGUUUCAAUCUUUUCUUUUAUUACUACUAACCACACAAUUUAUAGAGCUUACAAACAAGGAAAUAACGUGCGAGAAAAGAAACAACAAUCCUACGUAGAAAAGGAAUGGGAAACCAACUUCUCUACAACAACGAAACAAACCCUUAAUUCAACUACUCGUCAGCUGCGAACCGCAGAUUGGGCUUUGGUAUUCGGUUCGAUCAACGAAGCCCAUCCAGUUCAUGCCGCCUCGACCCCAACAGUGUGUCAGACGACUCAUCGGGCUCGUCAGGUGACCAUUCCGCAUCAAUCCCCCCCUUGUGGCUCGACCUUGCCCUCAAGGUCGAGGUCAGGAAAUCUGCGAUGUAGCUCCUCGUAUCGUUCACAGGUAGAUUCCUCUCGUGGUAGAUGGCGCCACCGGACUAGACAUUCUUCGAUGAUCCCACACAGACGACGAAACACUGCCGACGGAACACAGCUCGCGCGGCGGCAUGAAGCUCGCCGGCGAUAGAGACCCGCGAGAGGCGCUAACGGCUUAGAGAGAGAAAGGGAGAGAAUAAAACUUUUUAUUCUUUAUUCCUCAUUCUUUCAUUCCGUAAUAAAUCAAUAAUUGAUAAAAAUAAUAAAUAAGCUCUGUACUCGACGAUUAUAGUCGAGUAAACUGGAGAGUUUGACCGCUUGCACGAAUGUAGACAGUUGAGAUGCCCAAAGCUGACCACAUCAGGGAUCACGAACUGCCAUUUUCUUUCUUUUUGUUUGCCUGCCGGCGCUGGACAUAUUCCAUGGAAUUAUACCUCUUCCGACGGCAUUUUUGAAAAAUAAUGGAAUUGUAUUAAUCCAAAACAAAGGAGAUCCAAUUUUAUUGCCAACUUUACUUGGAUGAAUUAUAAUGACUAAAUAAUCAUCCAGUUUUAGUAAUGAUUAAAGUAAAGACAAAAGUUAUUG